CUGCCCACACACGGAGGGAAACAGACACACAGACAGAAACCGAGAGAGGGAAGCGAGGCAGACAGGGCAGCGAUUUAGACGACACAAACACAGAGAAGAGGCGACCACUACCAUGGCAGUAUGGCAGUGACAUGGCGGCUCGGGCCCAGCACUCCGGGGAGACGAGUGGCUUCAGGUGCCUCUCCCUGGCCAGGUCUCUGGGCAGUCGGAUGGCUACUAUCUUCGCUGGUGUCACCCAUCACGGUAGCAGUAGCGGUGGUGACACCACCGUCCCCAUCGUCGGCACGGCAGGAAAAAGCCUACGGCUUCGGGAGGAGCUUCCUAGGCCUGGAUAAGUGCAACGCGUGCGUGGGCACCUCCAUAUGCAAGAAGCUCUUCAAGGAGGACAUACGCUUUGACAGAUGGCUGACUUCCCGCCUGGAACUCCCCAAGGCCAGCCGGCAGUGUUACCUAGGCAACCUGACGGACGACUCGGAGACGUGGCGGCCGGUGGUGCUGUCGCGGCUGCUGACCCCUGAGCGCCACCAGGUGUCAGACCAGAGCAUCUGCAGCUCCGCCGGACGGCCUCCCAAGUGCAGCAUCGAGGCCGUACUCAGGGCCACGCCUCGCUUCCAGAGCUGGGCGCGCUCACACUUGCUCUUCCCCAGCAUGGUACAGGGUCUGUCGGCCCCUCUGCUGCGCUGCCCAUCUCAGCGGCUGCUAGACCGUGUGGUGCGACGCUACGCCGAGGUGCUGGACGUGGGCAGCACGCAGAUGAAGCACUUCAGUGACCGCGACAAGCUCCGCCUACUAUACACGCUGGCUGUCAAUCAGCACACACUGCUGCUGCAGAUGUUUCCUGGCACGGAGGGCUGGCCCUUCCCCCGUUACCACGGCUCCUGUGGUCGCCUGGUGGUGUGGGCGGGAUCUCGACCCCUCAGCUCUCUUUACGCCGCGCCCCUGGAGCAGCGGGCAGACGCGGCCUUCCAACUGCUCCACAUAGCCCAGGCCCUGGGCAGCAACAGCCUGCGCUUCAGGCUCUACUACACCCGGGCCACCGAGGACAUGUUUGGGCUAGCGGAGGACGGCCGCGUGAUGGUCAUGGACGCCAGUGGCAUCGGGGUCAUCGACCUGCAGGAAGGAUUUCUGCCCGAUGCCCUCACCAGUCCAGCCAAUCAGAGCACACGGGACGUCUUCUCCUGCCUGAGUGGCUCCUGUGAUAGGCCCCCUCCGUGCUCCACCGUGCGACACUCACAGAGCUUCUCCCUCCUGUGCCGAAACGUUCUCCCUCGCCUGCUGCUCCCUGCCGGGGACCUGCGCUCUCCUCAUCUACCCAGCCAAGUGGCUCGAGACUUGGACACGUGUGCCGAUGCCACCAGGACAGAUGUGGCGGUCACCCGGGCCGCAAACUCCCUGAUGGACAUUCUCAGAAGCAUGAGACCUUGCAGUCCUCACUACCCAUACAGAUACCCAGAAUGCAUCUACAAUGACAGAUUCUAAAAGGGGAGAGGGACAUCAGAGGGUGCCUGCCUUUCAAUGUGUUCCUUGGGUCAAUUCUUCCAGCCUGCGACCUAGCUCACCGUUCCUUGCCCCUCCUCCCGUGGUGGAAACGAUGGGCCUUUCUCAAAACCUAGGACAGUGUCCUUCCAAGUGUACCAGCCUGAUUAGUCAUGCCCAGUGAUUGGAUACUCUUUGGUAAACCCUACCACUCCACUGCUCACAGCGGCCUUCCCCUUUGAGCAUUCUUACUGCAAUUAAGAGCACAAUUGGAAUGCCACUAUGUGCAAGAUAUUCAAUUAAACUCAUAUUGCAAUAUCUUUCACGCCAUCGAUAAAAUCGAGCCUUGUAUCGCGAGGCUGGAAAACGGAGGAACGAAUUGAAAGGCUGGGAAGAGAGCUUAAGUUUUGCUCAAGGACAGAGGGGGGGGGGGUUGUGCUUUUGGAGGGGAAUCAUCUGUGAUUCAGUUGGGCUUUGCAGGCCUUGAAGAAAUAUGGACCAUUGAUUGAGUCACUGAUCUGCACCAAAAAAUAUACUACAGUAUGCUUACAUUUGUCAGUGACAUCAGACAGGACAGCACAACAGAUUCAUAGCAGCAAAACAAGACAAAGCUUCAGAAUGCAAAGUCAGCCAUAAUUGAACACUCAACACAGGGAAGUGGAUUUCAGUAAUAAAGACAACUUUGUUUAAUAACGCAUAAAACAUCCUUCAAACAAUAAAACAAUCUUACCGAGGGUUUUCUGUACAACGCUUGCUAAGCAGUUUUAUUUAUAUAUAGAAAACGUAAGAGGAGAAAAUGCUCAAAAAGGACAUUGCUCCUUAAAAUUUAAUGGCAGGUACUCUGAAAAAAAUAACAGCAUUCCAUCAACAAAUACUUUCAAGCAAUAAAUAUGCAUUUAUAAAUAGUGUAAAUUUACAACAAGAUUAGAAACAAAACAAAAAUCACAAAUUAAAGUUUAUUUCUUAGUCUAUGUGCAACCCAUUGUUCUUUGUGACGUGGCUGUUCUCUUUUUUCUCUUUAUUUUAGCAUUUUUAUUCCCCUAAGAAACAAAAAACAUAAGACAGGUGAACAUAAAUGCUGUAAAAAAAUUAUACCACCUAACUUUUCACAUUACAAAUUUUUUUUGAACAUUUUUUUUUGUAGUUUUUUGUUGCCCAAAGAGACUUUAAAUCUUCUAUCUACCAUACAAAAUACCAGCUAGGCUAGUACUCAUUUCACAGAGAAAAUGAGAUUCAAUACGAAAGGAAACAAACAAAAAAAUCAUGUAUCAGCCCAUACAUGAAAUAAAA